CUCCAUUACUUCCUGCAUGUGCCGACAAUAUGGCAGCGUCCAUAGCGAUUCAUCUGGAGUUUGGAGGAGGUGCAGAGCUGCUUUUUGAUGGUGUGAAGCAACAUCGGGUGACUCUUCCAAGCCAAUCAGAACCUUGGGACAUGAAGCAGCUGCUGGUCUGGAUCCAAAGGAACCUGCUGAAGGAACGACCUGAGCUAUUCGUCCAAGGAGACUCUGUGAGGCCGGGGAUCCUGGUACUUAUCAAUGAUGCAGACUGGGAACUAAUGGGGGAACUGGACUAUCAGCUACAAGACCGAGACAACAUUGUGUUUAUUUCUACUCUUCAUGGAGGAUAAAAAAGAAAAGGGAAUAACUAUUGUAAAGAUACCCUUGAUAUGUCACAGUUCAGCCUUUUCGCUACAUCAUCUCUUCUUACUUUCCUCCCCGUCCACAUCCCAGCAAUACAUCACCCCAUUGGAUGCUGUGGAUGUGUCAGCGUGCACAGUGACAGCCGAGAAGAUUGAUGUUGUUCCACAGGAAUGAGGGGAAAUUCCCGGAUAAAAAUAUAGAAACUGUUAGAAACAGUUUGACCUGGAAGGGUGUAAUGGGAAGCGAUGCAAAUGCUGGUUGCACUGGCCAUCUCCCAGCGACUAGUAUAAAUACCUACAGUCAGUGCGUCUACCUUCAUCUCCAUGCAGCCUGUCUUCCAGCAUGGUUGUCCUUAAGGGUUAAAAUUACCUUCAAGUCACCACUUCACAAGAAACACUUUACUCCCUCCUCCAUUAGUGUUUCAGAGUAAUGUAGAAACAUUUAAUAAAUGGUUUAUUACACACUGAGUAUGCUUUAAGUGUUUGGGGGGUUUUAAUUGUUUACAUAUUAAUAAAGAUAUAUUUCAUUUCCUUACAUAUUUGUUAUACCGCUGUCAUUCAUCUGUUCAUACACAAAGAAUUAAAUGUUUAAUUGUAAUUGGCAAAUAUAUUAACACUCUAAAAAUGUAUUUAUACACCCUUAUAAGUAUUUUAUAGUCUCAUGUAAACCUUUUAAUAAAUGUUUUACUUAGUAAUGUUUUUUUG